CCAGUGCGGAGGUGCAGGAGCGGGUGUUGCUGUGGGCAUGCUCAGUGUCAGUCAGAGGGACAGAGUGCGGAGGAAUGGAUGGUUCUGGCGGCGGCGAAGAUUGUCAGACAGGGUAGGAUUGGAAACCGCGGGACUGAGACGUAGGGACGUUAUAAAGUCCCGGGAUAAGCUGAAAGCUCCCAAUAGGAACGUAAAGGCCUCGUGUUUACUCUGGUGUGGACUUAUCUGCCACUAUCUCGGUUCACAUGGGGGAGAGGCCACUCACCUGCUCCAUGUGUGUAUCAUCCAAUCUGCUUCGACACUAAGGCAUAGAUGUGGACUCUUUGGUUGCUUUUCAGGAACCACCGAUCAGGAUCACCUCAGUUUACUCAGAACGCUAAAUAUUUCUGGAGGUGCAGAGACCAAGAUGUUUGGGGAAGGCACUCCUGACAUAAGGGGCUUUAAGUCUGUUCAAGUCGGAGACAUAGUUAAUCAUCUUAUGACUCCAAGAAUUGGUCUGGACCAGUAUUCUGGUGUGUAUGUAAAAGGAGAGGUGGCCACUCUAACCUGUACAAGUCUGGGACAAUAUAAUGGUAGCCCCUUCUCUUUCUACAAGAACGGCAAGUUGCUGACUCGCACACGUGAAACUCGGAAAUUGAAUUGGCUGCGUAUUGAACAAAUUUCUGAUAGAGACAGAGGAUCAUAUACCUGCCAGGACACAGGAUUUGUUGAGGGGAGAGUGGUGCAGUCACAACCCAGCAACCCAGUUGACAUAACCGUAAUAGAUCUACUAACUACGCCAAUGAUAUCGCUUGAUCAAUCGACUAGUGUUUACUUGGAAGGAGGGACAGUCAUUCUUACCUGCAUUGUGAAGGGUGACUAUCUAGGCGAAACCUUCAUCUUUUACAGAAAUAGCCGAAUGCUGUACUCUAGUCAAAUCAGCAUAAAGCACAACAUUGGCACCUUCACAGCUACCACAGCAAACGAAGGUGAUCAGUAUCAAUGCCAGUAUGGUACAUCCAUUAAUGGAAGAUGGUUGUGGUCCCAACUCAGUGAGGCUGUGUCAAUCACUGUGACAGUUUACCCUGUGCAGCCGUCAAUAUCUGUGACCCGUUGGGAUGAAGUGUUUGUGAGAGGCGAGGUGAUCAUGCUUACCUGUGAAGCAGGAUCUCCAUAUUUGGGCAGCACUUUCUAUUUGUACAGGAACAACAAGAAUAGACCAAUCAGAAUCAAAACAGCUAAGCCAUUGCAAGCUGCUGUCGUCUUUAAUAUCUCAAAUCUUUUGGAAUCUGGAUCGGAAAUUUACUCCUGCACCUAUAAAAAAAGAGUCCUGGAGCAAGAGAUAGUCUCAGGGAGAAGUGAAAAUAUGAAGAUAACGGUAGUUGAUCCACUAAGAACGCCAAGGAUAUCUGUUGAUCAGUUGACAGGCGUAUACUUAGAAGGAGAGACUGUCACCAUUACCUGCACCUCAGACAGAGAAUAUCGUCGUCAGAUCUUCUUCUUUUACAGAGAUAAUCAGCUUUUGUCCUCUAAUCAACUCUCCCAAAAAGGAAACACUGGAACCUUCAAAGUUACCAGAAUAAGCCAAGGAGGGAGGUACCAGUGCAAAUAUGGAACCACCAUCAAAGCAAGAUGGUUAGAAUCACAGCUGAGUGAAGCUGUGACAGUUGCUAUAGCUGAUGCACUAACAACUCCGGGGAUAUCUCUCGACCAAUCAACUGGAGUAUAUCUGGAAGGCGAAAUGGUGACCAUUACUUGCACAGUGAACAGAGAAUAUCAUAGUCGAACUUUUCAUUUCUACAAAGAUAAUCAACAACUGACAUCUCAUCAACUUUCUAUAAGGGACAACAUUGGAACAUUUCCAGUUACCAAUCUAAACCAAGCUGGGCGCUAUCAAUGUAAAUAUGGAAUCGCCAUCAAAACAAGAUGGUUAGAAUCCCUACCCAGUGAGGCUGUGACUAUCACUGUUGCAGAUGCACUAACACCGCCAGGAAUAUCUCUCGAUCAGCCGUCCGGAGUGUAUUUAGAAGGAGAGACUGUUACCAUUACCUGCAUCACAAAAAGAGAAUAUCAUGAUAAGAUCUACUUUUACAGAAAUAAUCAACUACUGUCGUCAUAUCAACUGCUCAUAAAGGAUAACAUUGGAACCUUCACAGUUAGCAGCUCCAGCCAAGGAGGGCGGUAUCAGUGCCAAUAUGGAUCCUUUGUCAAAACAAGACGAUUACUGUCACAGCUCAGUGAGGCCAUGACUGUCAUGAUCACAGAUUUAUCCAAACCAACAUUAUCUGUGGAUUCUAGUCUGUUAGUGAAACACGGAAAGAUUACUUUUAAUUGUACAAGUCGCUGGAAACAUUCUAGUUUCACAUUUUACUUGUACCAACAUGGAGAGACAAAUUACACAGAUGUUCAGCAUAUUUCUACGCAGAACAGUUCAGUCACCUUCACUGUGACAAAUUUGGAACACACUAUUGGAAGAACAUACAUUUGUCUGUAUAAAGCCAACGUGAGGGGAAGGUUGCUAACAUCAGCUCAGAGUGACCCUGUACACUUCAAUUCAAGAGAGAACUCCUCUAACUUGGGUGCUGGAAUUGGCUCUGCCGGAGUUCUGGUUCUCAUCCUCGCUCUGCUCAGUUUUUGCUUCUGGAAGAAAGGAAAAACUAGACGCACCAGAGAAAUCAGGUGGAAAGGCCCUUACCUGGUGCUGCUAACGACUUGCACGGCAGUUAAAGUGAAGGAGAAACCCGACUGGAUCCACGCCACUAGGUGCAAGUUGCACAGCGACGAAAAAGGAGAAUAA